AUGCCUCAUACUGUAAUCAGGCUUUGAUGAAACAAGGGCCAUGUACACAAGAUGCUACAAGUUUUGCUUACCUUGACAUUCACCUUUUAAUGAAGGUGACUAUAUUGAGUCCUGUGACCUUCAUGUAGUACUGAGACAGUGCAUUCAUUUCAGCCAUGUUCUGUUACCAGCCUUGUCCUUUAAGAAUGAAACCCCUUCACUGCCACAUUAUCAAUGAAACAGAUCACACUCUUGUUUCACAUAUCCAUUUCAUUAAGACUGACUGCAGUUACUUAAGUAAUCAUUUGCCUGGAGAUAAACGGGGAUUUCCAAAAAGACAUUUUCAACGAGAAAAUGACGUGAGUGAAAAGAUGAAGAUUGGUAUAUGGAAGUGAGCCAGACAUCUUUCACAGAGAACAGACAAACCAAGGUAACCACAGAGAAACAGUGCGUGACAAUAACAGGGGAAAGCAGUGAACAAGAUGGAUGAGUGAGAUAGCAUCAACACGGGAAGUGGAUCGUCAGGACUCAUUGGAAAGUCGGGCAGGAAGCAACAAGUUUUCUUUCAGCAUAAUAGGUCAUGAAUAUUAUGGGAUUUUACCUUAAAUGAUUGAAGACGCCUUGGGGGUUUCCAGCUGCAGUUUAGAUCAUCUAUUGUAGUGACCUCCGUUCUCACGCCAGAAAUACACAGUUCUUGGAUGAGAAAUGGCAAGUUAUAUAAAAGCUGCUGUAGUAGGUGUUCGGUUGGCAGGUGCUUGCGUAUCUAAGAUUGCACAAAUAACUUUUCUGCACAUUUCCAAUCCCAACUUCCCUGAAGGAAUUAAGAGGUGAUAAUCGUUCGAGUGGUCAAAUAUCCCUGAAAAUGAAUUAAACGCCUUGCAGACUCAUCACAUGGAAUCUGUGCUGCCAUUUCACAGGAGCAUCAAGAAGCUGGAAAUAAAUUGACGGAAACAAUGGCUAAUAAUUCAAACGAGAGUUGCAAACUCCCUUAUGAUGAGGACAGGAUUCCGUUAGUUGUGUUGUACAGCAUUGUCUUCAUCAUUGGAGUGCCUGCUAACUUUGUGACUGUAAUUUUAACUUACAAGCAAGUCCAGAGGAAAAACGUGCUGGGGAUUUACCUUUUCAGCUUGUCGUUAUGUGACCUGAUGUAUUUGUUCACACUGCCUCUUUGGAUGUCUUAUGUCAACAAUGACCAUGUGUGGCUUUGGAGUCCUGUGAGUUGCAAGAUCACAGGCUAUGUGUUUUUCAACAACAUGUACAUCAGUAUUUUCCUCCUGUGCUGCAUCUCUAUAGACCGAUAUGUGGCCGUGGUUUACGCUGUGGAGUCCAGGGGCCUGAGGCGGCAGAAGUUGGCAGCCAUCAUCACAUGCAUCAUCUGCAUAGUUGUGCCAAUCGGCCAUGUGCCCGUUUUCACAAUGGAAGAAGACGACACAGGCCAGGUCAGCAAAAAAUGCUUUGAGCCAGGCAAAGCCUCUGCAAUGGUUACAGGCUUUAACUAUGCCAGGUUCUUCAUUGGAUUUUUCCUUCCCUUGUGCAUCCUGAUUGUCACCAACUACUGCAUCCUAACAAACAUUCAAGCCAGCACCGGCCUGCUUGGAAGAUCAAAGAUGAAGGUCAAGUGCCUGGCAAUCACAGUGAUAGUUCUUUUUCUGGUCUGCUUUGGACCAUACCACAUCAUUCUGUUACUCCGAGCCGUGAUGUAUCACAUUCUAGAAGAGGGACAAAACUGUGACUUUGGGAAACAAAUCUAUAUCCCUUAUACAAUUUGUUUAGGCUUGUCUACAUUCAACAGCGCCAUGAACCCUAUUCUUUACGUCCUGGCCAGCGACAACAUUCGGAAGGAGCUCAAGAGAGGACUGCUUAGCUUUCGAAGCCGCACUUCCUUGCAGCACAGAGGCACUGACAGCAGUUUGCCCAAGUUUCCCACCUCGAAAAACUCUGUGGAUGCAGCACAAACACUUGAAAACAAUAACCAAUGAGGGUGUCAUUAUUUCCUCCCAGGAGUUGUGCUGUUUGAUCAUUUUUUGGACAUUUUUGUUUCAUUUCUGAAAGUUUCCGUGCCAGGACUGGAAAAGCUAUUGACAAACUUGCAGUAAACCUGUGAUGACUGCUUCUAGUGGCUUGUAUUCCUUUCUCAGGGGAGCUACUGUGAUUGCAAUUUCUUUGUACACAGAAUGACAAAACAAAAAUAAAUCACAAAUAAAGAGUUUAAAAUGUGUUUUUUUAAAUAAUAAUGCUACGCACCAUGAUAUGUGUUAUAAGACUUCCUAGAUACCCAUUUGAAGAAAACAGCCUAUUUCAGCAUUAUAGAGUUCUAUUUGUUUUUAAAAUGAACAGACCACCUACAACUCUAUUUCAAUCAUUUUUAUUUGCUUUCUGUUCCCUCUUAAUGAGUUUUGGAAAGUUUACGAGUUUCCUUGUUUCAGUGGGGAAAAAUAAUGCUAAUGUUGUGCACAAAAAACUCUUAAAACACUCAGCAAUAUACAGUGCUCUCCCUUUAUAACGCUGUAGUUGGGACCCACAGUUAAUGAGACUACUAGUGUAAUGGCAUUAUGGGGCAAAUGGGAGCCUUGACCAUACCUCCUUAUAACCUGUUCCGCAGUAUAAAGGACCGCCUAAUAAAGGGGGAGCACUGUCCCUGUAUAUUGGUCAGUGCUUUUGUAUAAAAAGUAUGUAAAAUAUAUAUUAACCUCUUAAACAUUUCCCAAACCUUAGGCAGAUAAAUGAUUAAAAUGUGAAUAUAUGACAUGGUUAUAGCAUGGUGAACGUCUGUGUGUGGCAGAAUAUCAGCAUGUGUAUGUCCUGUAACUCGAUUUAUAUACUGCUCUAUUAUUCAUACACAAGAUACAAAUCCAGCUAUGCUUGCUUACUAUUCAUUACCAACCUUUAUUUAGUCCAUUGUGAUUUUCAUUGAAAAGGUAGAUGAAGAGAAUACCAUUAAGUGGCUGGUAUACGGCCGAUUGUGAUGUCACUGUUUUGAAAUGACGGUUUGCCGUUGAAAGGUGCCUCAGGUAUAAUUUUGUAAAACAGGUGGCUUCAGCUGUGCUAACAACUGAAAAUUGCACGGUUGUUGUAAUGAAUAGGGUUUCUCUUUGAUGUUUUGUGGAAUAUAGAAAGCAAAACAUGAGCUCUGAUUAGCUGAAAGAUCCCGAGCAGUCUGUAAAACCUAAAAUGUUGUGUUUAAUUCACUGGUUAGGUAAUACAUUGUACCACAUAAACAUGUUAUUCCAGUUCAAAUUUUAAAACAUGAGCUGUUGGUUAUUGCAUUAAUAUAUAACAAUUCCACUAAGCAUUUCUCUUAUUUUGUGUUAGUUUUGUACAGGGUGUCUAUCUCUGCUAAAUUUGGUAGAGCUGAUAUUCUAUAUUUCCACAUUUUUAAUUUGCAAGUGUACUAAUUUUUUUAAUUUAUUUUUUUAUUUUUUAUUUUUUACAGUUUUUGUAAUGGGGAUACAACAAAACCAGAAAAACAGCAAACCGAAUACUAUAUAUAGUUCAUCAGAAUCAGCAGUAGUAUGUUCUCAACAUGAACAUAAAAAUAAAACUAAGCAAAAAUGGAAUUGUAACACCACAGAGGCCCUCAUUCAUAAAACAGGCAUCAGCAAUGGAGCAGACACCACAGACACCACAAGGAACUGAAACCUGUUGGCACAUCAAUGACAGUGUCUUUCUAAAGCCCCUUUCACACUGGCACUCCUACUCAGGUCCCGACCCCGGUUCUGGCUACCCGGGUCACAAUCCCACAUAGUGUGAAACCACGUACCUGGGUCAUACCCGGGUUGAGCAGGGUCCCAGCGACCCACCUCAGAAUGUGGGUCAACAUGCUGUGUCCCGGGUUGAGUGAGACGAAAUGCAUGACAGCUGUUCGUAAGCUGACGAAAUAAUAAACAGCUACACCCCAAGGAACAUUUCUGUUUAUUCUGUUUAGCCAUAUUUAUGUUGAUUGAGAUACACAUGAGACAGAUUGCAGCAGGGAUGACAUUUGCACUAAUCAACAAUAGGGCAGAGGGUUCAAUCCAGAGAAGCUUGGAUGGAAGCAUAACAAGUUGCUUUUGGGGCAUUGACAUGCGCAUUCUGUACUUGCGUCUGUCACCCAGGUCAACCCUGCGUUAUUAAAAGCAGUGUGAAAUCGUGAAGCCGACUCGCAUGACACCAGAUCCUGACCCGGGAGGUUCCGACCCGGGUAGAGCAUGCCCAUGUGAAAAGGGCUUUAGCAAUGUGCAGGGCUAAGGUGUCAGAACAGUGGCUUCAGUCUGUUAGAACAAACCCACACCCAGAUUAGUCUCUUACCACGCAGCCCAGUCAUAAAAUUCAUUGCUGCAGUUGGCUAAAACUUCUGCAAUUCAUUAGUGCUGCAUGAACCGAUUAUGCGGAUUUAGCACUGAGAAUCAGGUGAGGGUUAUUGCUGUUGGACUAAUUUACCAUUCAAAGAAACUAUCUACAUAAAACUCAAAAAUAGCUAAAAAAAACAAACAAACAAAAAACACCGAAAAAUGAAAUUAAUAGACACUGUAAAACAGACGUCCUAGACAUAAAACAGUAUGUUUCUCUGUUUAGGUUAAAAACAAAACCACAUACACUUUAAGCUAUUUUUUCUGUUUUGUAUCCCACUGAGUCUAGUCAUAUGUCACUGCAUUAUUUGCAUUUCACAGUCAUGUCACUUCUUCCAUCAGAGCAACUUGGCGAGAGUGAAUUCUCUCAGUUCCUAUUCCAAACUCAUACUGUUAGUGUCCGAGUUCAAAUUGUGUUGAUAUUGUUAAGUUUUGAAAGGGUUUGAAGCAUUUCCUUUAUGUAAGGUUAUUAUAUUAAAUGAAACAGAAAAUACAUAGUUUGUGUUCUGCACAUUCUAUUAGCCAUGAAUUGAGGAUUUCUGAUCUACUGUUUUAUUUUUACAGUGUAGAUAUUUAAGUGCCUGCUGAAAUCGUAUUGUUGCUUGCACUGUCUGAAGAGCAUAGUUAAGUGUUACAGAAAAAGUUGUUGUGUCUCCAAGAAAGACAGUACUUUGCC